AGAUGUACACGGUAGUGAAGUCGUCAAAAUUUUGCUCGACUCCGCUGCACUCUCCACGACCCGCUGCGUAGCUUAGAGCUGUGCAGCUUAGAGACGUGCGCCCGAGGUCAGCCUCCCUGAACUAGCGAGUGCCGCCGACCCUAGCUUUCAUCCAUCUCCAGUCUACCGUUUCGGUUCAGCGUCAUCGUAGGCAUUGCGACAGCGUAGCUCUAUCAUCUACCCCGAUCGCAUCGCCUCUCUCGUGUCCUCGUUCACACGGACUUGUCCAGUUAUUCUUCUCCCUCCGAGACGCUUACUCCAGCCGCCGAAGUAGUUAGUUUCAGAAAUAGGCCUGUGGCGACGGUGUCGUCAUGUCGUGCGACAGCGAUCGCUUGACACAACGAAGCUUAGGUCGUCGUGAAGGAAGCUUAGGGCAUCGAGAGAUCACGCGGGCUAGUCGCGCUAGUCAACCAGACCUCCCGAAGAGGAUGGCCUCGCAGCCGUUGCGUAGACAUGGCUCCCUAAGGCAAGAAACUGAGUCGCGAGAACGUCGAGCAACAGUAACAAGCCGCACGGGACAGCGAAGACACCGACUCGCCGCGUCCCUCGUGUCCUCGCUCCCACUAGCGCUCCUCGUCGUCCUGACCGUUGCCAUCGCGCCCAGCAGAGUGGCGGGCGUGGUGUCGCGCACGAACAUGACGAUCAACCUCAAGGGCGUGCCGGUGGUGCCCAACAUGGUCGUCGCGCAGGACGGCUCGGGCGACUACACCACCAUCCAGGAGGCAAUAUACUACGUGCCGCCGGCGUAUCUGCCGAAUCAAGGCACGAAGAUCUUCAUUAAGGCCGGCUGGUACAACGAGACGAUCAUCAUCCGACCGUACAUGCGGUAUCUGUCGCUGAUCGGCGAUCCCGAGGGUGGCGGCAGCACGAUGUCGUGCAACCGCUACAGCGGCAUGCUCAACGACAACGGCGAUAUGCUCUCCACGUUGAACACGGGCUGUUUUGUCGUAUUCGCCGACGACUUCACGGCCGUCAACGUCAACUUCGAGAACGCGUCGCCACGGCCGCCGCCUAACAGCUACAUCUACCAGGCGGUGGCCGUCAGAGUGACGGCCAAUCGCACGGCGUUCUACAAUUGCUCCAUCAAAUCGUACCAGGACACGCUGUACGCGCACAAGGGGUGGCAGUACUACAAGGACUGCUACAUCUUCGGCACGGUGGACUUCAUCUUCGGACAGGCCAAGGCGCGGUUCGAGUCGUGCGUGCUGCAGAUGUCGAGCUACGGGUUCGCGUCGGUGACGGCGCAGAAGAGAGACAUCAAGGGCGAUGACAACUGCUUCGUCAUGGUGCAGAAUAGAGUCAUCGGGCAGCAACCCAUCAUCGCCCAGGGGUGGCUGGGGCGGUCGUGGGGGCAAUACGCGUGCACCAUCUUUGCACACUCGUACAUCGACGAGAUCAUCAACGCCGACGCGUGGAACAACUUCUACGUGCGAUCAAGGGAGUGGACGACGUUCUACGCGGAGUACAACAACACGGGCAUCGGCGCCAACCUGGACGGCAGGGUGCCUUGGCUCAAGACCAUGACGCCCGCCUCACGGCGCUACUUUCUCAACAAGGCCUGGAUCGGCCUCGACUCGUGGUACCACGCGUACCCGCAGAUGAUGUGACGCACACUGCUCACGAGAUGUGACGUGUACCACCCAGACGUACCGUAUCUUGCGGGUGUUACGGCUGUUGAACAUAUGAAAGGAAUAAUGUGGCACCUUGCCACGUGUAUGUCGGCAGAGAAAGGUGUAUCCAUGCCAGGGCAUGUACAGUACCAGGGGUUGCAGUUUUGCAAUGCUUAUAGAUAUGUGGUGGAAUGACAUGGCAUGAAU